UGCUGUGGCUGGAGUCAAACGGUUUACACUUACUCUCUCAACACUCGUUCCGACUGUCGGCUUUUUUCUUUUACAGACUCUGUUCAUUGUGUGGGUGUUUCAGACAAAUGGCAGCAGAUCCCACUGCACCUUCUACCCUGCAGACAGUGGUAGAUGCAUUGACGAAUGCUUCGAUCGCAAAAGAAGCUUACGAACAACCGGCGGUGUCAAACCCUUCUGCGUCCGUGUCACAUAAAUCCACGUCCAAACAUGAACCUGUGAACGCUGCGACCUCUGCACCAGCGAUCAAGCCUGCGCUGGCGUCCGAUGCUCACGAACAAGUCGUAACGCCUUGGGAUGUCCACGGAUCUGUAUCUGCCGAAGGACAGCAGCUCGCCAUUGAUUAUGAAAAGCUUGUUGUUCAGUUUGGUACUAAGAGGAUAGAUCAAACACUGCUUGAGCGAUUCGAACGUCUGACAGGUCGGAAGCCACAUAUUUUGCUGAGACGAGGGAUGUUUUUCUCACAUCGUGAGUUUGACAAAAUCCUGGAUCGAUACGAGCAGGGGAAGCCAUUCUACCUCUACACAGGUCGUGGUCCAAGUAGUGACAGUAUGCAUCUUGGUCAUAUGAUUCCAUUCAUGUUCACAAAGUGGCUUCAGGAUGUCUUUGACGUCCCGCUCGUGGUGCAACUGACUGACGAUGAGAAGUUCUUAUUCAAGCACGAGCUCAAGCUGGAACAAACAUAUGAGUUCGCUAAGCACAAUGCUCGUGAUAUCAUCGCCGUUGGCUUCAAGUUAGAGAAGACUUUCAUCUUCAGCGAUUUUGACUACGUUGGCGGCGCGUUCUACCGCAAUAUCUCGAAAAUCUCAAGACAGAUCACGAUCAAUCAAGCGAAAUCGACUUUUGGUUUCAAUGACUCGGAUAACAUUGGCAAAAUUCACUUCGCAGCCAUCCAAGCAGCACCCUCUUUCUCCAAUUCUUUUCCUCAUAUAUUCGGCACAGUAUCCAAUAUUCCCUCCCUCAUUCCCUGUGCCAUAGACCAAGACCCAUACUUCCGUCUCACUCGCGACGUCGCUGCCAAACUCAAAUACCCCAAACCCGCACUUCUCCAUUCAAAAUUCUUCCCUGCUCUUCAAGGUCCUCAGACGAAGAUGAGCGCAUCAGAUGUGAACUCAAGUAUUUUUAUGAGCGAUACCCCUAAUCAAAUCAAGAACAAGAUCAACAAGCAUGGGUUCUCGGGUGGGCAAGAGACUGAAGAAGAACAUAGACGAUUGGGCGGGAACCCAGAUGUCGAUGUUUCGUAUCAAUACCUUGGAUUCUUCUUAGAGGAUGACGAUGAGUGGGCUCACCUGGCCGAGGAAUAUCGUGCGGGCCGUCUUUUGACAGGCCAGCUGAAGGCAAAGUGUAUCAAGGUUCUGCAAGACUUUGUCAAGGACUUCCAAGAGGUAUGUCGCACAUUCUGUGUAUGGAAACAUUGUCCCAUACUUUCCAUUCCUUUCAGCGCAAAGCAAGUGUCACCGAGGAGCAACUAAAGGCCUUCAUGGACAGUAACCGUAAGAUCGAACCCACAUUCGGCAAAGCGGCCAACGUUGCACCCGCUCCGUCUGCAUAACCAUUUGAGUUCAAAACCGUGAGAGGCAGUCUACGUGGGGAAGGACAACAAUUUGCUGUAGCAUAUAUAUAUUCUGUGCGAUUACUUAGGUUCCGGGUGUAUGCAAUGUAUAGAAAUGCCGAGUGUAUCUGUUUUCUUCAGCUUUACCAUCAUCCCCCAAAUGUACGAGAACGAUUAUGUUGUUAUGACGUUGAACAUACCGGCAUUGCCACGCCCAUAUAGACUAUAUGUAAACCAGCAAAUUGGUGGCGAAAGAUCCGAGUCGCUUGACUCACCAAUGUUCGCAAAACUGUAAAAUAUGAGCGUGGUCAAUGAACGUGUCUCUAACAC